GCUCGCGUGGCGUACGAGCAAUCCCUUUGAGCUCUCCCCACACCAACUCUCUCUCUCUCUCUCUCGCUAUAUAUAUAAAUAUAUACAUACACCAUACAUACCCCACAACAACAACCUCUCCCUCCCCUUUUCUCAACGAGGCAUUAGAUCAAACACAUUCGCAGCAGCAUCGGAUCGAAGGUAAGGUAAUGGAUCGAGAGAACAAGAAGAGAGGGAGGAAGGAGAAGGAGGAGGAGUACCCGGCGAGGAAGGAGGAGGCGACGAAGGCGAGGAAGAAGAAGAAGCAGCAGCAGCAGCAGCAGCAGCAGCGCGGGGGAUCGAACGCGGCGGCGAUCGAGGAGGAGGAGGAGAAGGGGUGCGUUUUUGAGGCCUCAGCGGUGGAGGACACGUGUCGGCCGCGCGGGGUGUUCGAGUUCCCGUGGGACGACCACUGCGGGGAAGCGCUGGACGGCUCUGAUCUGCAGGACGUGUUCUUCUCCUCCCUCGUGGACGGCCGAUCCGCCGCCAUCGGCGUCCCCGGCGACCGCCUCUCGCCGCCCACCACCAGCCCCAUCGCGCUCCCCGACGAGGCCUCCCAGCCGUCCGAUGCGGAUGGGGACGCGGACGGCGUGGAUUGCAUCUGGAGCACCGUGCUCCGCGAGCCCCUCGCCGUCGUGUGCACCCGAGGGUUCCGCGCAUGAGCGAAUCAUGAACGAGAGGGUAAAAAAGUCAAAUCGUAAAAAUGUCGUAAUUGCCUUUUUUUUUUUUGUUUGUUUCCCUUUUCAACUUUUUAUCCUUUUUGUGUGACAAAUUAGUGAAG